GAGGGGUGUGCCGGGGGCGGGCAGAAAGGGGAGGAAGUCCCAUCACGGAGACGCCAGUCUGGACGUUCCCGCCUCCUCCGGCACAAUCAGGUCCGAUCAGAGAAGGGUCACCGCCUCCUCUAGCGAGGAGAAGGGGGGCGGAGCCCGGCUCAGUAAACUUGGCAAGACUGACCUGGCCACCGCCGCAGCCAGCUUGGAGACCUGCCAGGAUCAUGGAUUUUCCUGGUCACUUUGAACAGAUUUUCCAACAGCUGAACUACCAAAGACUUCAUGGCCAGCUCUGUGAUUGUGUCAUUGUAGUGGGGAAUAGACAUUUCAAAGCCCACCGCUCUGUGCUGGCAGCAUGCAGCACACAUUUCCGAGCUCUCUUCUCAGUGGCAGAAGGAGAUCAGACCAUGAACAUGAUUCAGCUGGAUAGCGAGGUAGUGACAGCGGAGGCCUUUGCUGCGCUGAUUGACAUGAUGUAUACCUCCACCCUCAUGCUGGGGGAGAGCAAUGUUAUGGAUGUCUUAUUGGCAGCCUCUCACCUGCAUUUGAACUCUGUUGUUAAGGCAUGUAAACAUUACCUGACAACAAGGACACUGCCCAUGUCUCCCCCCAGUGAGCGCAUACAGGAGCAGAGUGCCCGCAUGCAGCGCUCCUUUAUGCUACAGCAGCUGGGACUAAGCAUUGUGAGCUCAGCUCUUAAUGCCAGCCAGGGUGGCGAGGAGCAGCCAGCUCCCAUGAGCUCAUCAAUGCGCAAUAACCUGGACCAGCGAACACCUUUCCCUAUGAGACGCCUUCAUAAGCGCAAGCAGUCUGCAGAGGAGCGGGCCAGGCAGCGCCUCCGGCCCUCCAUGGAUGAGUCUGCCAUUUCAGAUGUCACACCAGAGAAUGGGCCUUCAGGGGUUCAUUCUCGGGAGGAGUUCUUUUCACCAGAUUCUCUGAAAAUUGUAGAUAAUCCUAAACCCGAUGGAAUGACUGACAACCAGGAAGACAGCACUAUCAUGUUUGACCAGUCUUUUGGUGCUCAAGAAGAUGCCCAGGUGCCCAGUCAGUCGGACAACAGCGCCAGCAACAUAGCACAGUUGUCGAUGGCCUCUCGUGCAACUCAGGUUGAGACUAGUUUUGAGCAGGAAGCUGCAACUGAAAAAAGUGGUUUCCAGUGUGAAAAUGCUGAGGUUGGCCUUGGUGAGAAGGAGCACAUGAGAGUGGUGGUUAAAUCUGAGCCCCUGAGCUCACCUGAGCCUCAGGAUGAAGUGAGUGAUGUGACCUCCCAAGCAGAAGGCAGCGAGUCUGUGGAAGUGGAAGGAGUUGUGGUCAGUGCCGAGAAGAUAGACCUCAGCCCUGAAAGCAGUGAUCGGAGUUUUUCAGAUCCCCAGUCCAGCACGGACAGGGUAGGUGACAUCCACAUUUUGGAAGUCACAAAUAACCUAGAGCAUAAGUCCACGUUUAGUAUUUCAAAUUUUCUCAACAAGAGCAGAGGAAGUAACUUUAGUGCAAAUCAAAACAAUGAUGAUAACAUCCCAAACACCACUAGUGACUGCCGGAUGGAGGGUGAGGCCCCUUACUUGCUGAGUCCAGAGGCUGGGCCUGCAGGCGGCUCCUCUUCUGCCCCUGGCUCCCAUGUGGAGAACCCAUUCAGUGAGCCAACAGACUCCCACUUUGUCAGACCCAUGCAGGAGGUGAUGGGCCUGCCAUGUGUGCAGACCUCAGGCUACCAGGGAGAGCAGUUUGGGAUGGAUUUUUCCAGGUCUGGUUUGGGACUCCACUCCUCCUUUUCCAGGGUAAUGAUGGGCUCCCCGAGAGGAGGAGCCAGUAAUUUUCCAUACUACCGCCGCAUAGCUCCCAAAAUGCCAGUUGUAACUUCUGUCAGGAGUUCACAGAUCCCAGAAAACUCUGCCAGUUCCCAACUAAUGAUGAAUGGGGCCACAUCCUCAUUUGAAAAUGGCCAUCCCUCCCAACCUGGCCCUCCACAGUUGACCAGGGCAUCUGCUGAUGUCCUGUCAAAGUGCAAGAAGGCCUUAUCAGAGCACAAUGUCUUGGUUGUAGAGGGAGCUCGCAAGUAUGCCUGCAAAAUCUGCUGCAAAACUUUUCUGACUUUGACAGAUUGCAAGAAGCACAUCCGUGUUCACACAGGUGAAAAGCCUUAUGCCUGCCUGAAGUGUGGCAAGAGGUUUAGUCAAUCCAGCCACCUAUAUAAACAUUCAAAAACUACUUGCCUGCGCUGGCAGAGCAGCAAUCUUCCCAGCACUUUGCUCUAACUGCCCUCAUGAAACAAUGCCAGGGCCAGUUGUGGGACUGAAACUAAAAUUGCUUUUGGUGGGCAGUUAAUGCCUUUGGGUUUGAGGCUUCAGCUGCCCAGUGGCUCUUGCAAAUUUCAGCUAUUAAGUGGGAAACUAUUACAGGUAGCACUUGGCUGUGGCAUUUCUGAGUGAAAUGCAGGCUGUGGGAAUGGGAUGCAAUAGAUCCCUGGAACCAACUUCUUCCUUAGGGUUGAGUAAUACAAUUAUAAAAUAGUUUGUAAUUGAUGUUGUUAAAAGUGGCGCACUUAAAAAUUAAAAAUGGAAGUGCAAAACAAUUUUUUAGCAAUUUUUGUAAAGUUCUGUGAAGCAUUGAAUUAAACUUCCUAUACCCCCUGAUGGAAAUAUUAUAUCCCUGUACAAUGAUGCAAAAUGCACUUAUGUGUAACCAGUGGUGACUUGGUGCCUGUCUCAAAGGAAGACCCUUAAGGACAUACCUGUCUGCCACAAAUGCUUUAAAUCCUGAGAUAGUCCUAGGCCUCAGAAAGUACUGUAUUUUUUAUUUUUGUCUGAUUUGCAGUCACAGACACUGCACUUUGAUGGUGCUGACACUGGGUCCAGGCGAGCAUUCUCUUGGACUAAUAGGUGUAUAUACUUUUGAGUACAUCUCUGUUAGGUAGAUGUUUUAACAAUAUUUUUUUUUCUGGUUUUAAAGACAAAGUUGUAAAUGGAGUAUGUACUUAUAGGGAGUGACAAGUAAGGUAUUGUUUUUGUAUGUGCUGUUUUAGCAGAAUUUUAACCAAUUUGUGUUACCAAUGUUACAGUUCCAUGUUUGGAAGUCAGAAAAGAGCUAGUUGUUUGUCUUUGUUCCGAUGAUGUGGAGUCAUGUUUUGUGGCAGUUUCAUGAUCCAUUGCCCUUUGCUCCAUCAGACACUGUAGAGUUCCAUCUGACACAUCCCACCUGAGGACAAGCCUAUUUUCCACUGUUUCUUCAUGCUCCCCUUCCCCAUAUGGCCUCUCUCCCUAGAUGACUGUUUUCAGUUACAAACUAACCAAAAAUAAUGUCACCUCCCAUGGGUUUUUAUUACUGUUAUAUACUAUUCUUUAAAACUAUAGGCCCUUAACUUUAUUGUUGCUUCCCCAACCCGAUACUGAGGGUUUAAAAUUGUUUGAAAUCCAAAUUAGUAGCAUUUGUGAAUGAAUAAUGAAUAAUCAGUCUUUUCCAGGAUUUGUAAGAGAUGAGGCAGCCCGUAUAGCACAGAAGUCACCUAGUAGCAACUGAGACUGCUGGAGAGGCAUUUGAGUCACUGCCCAGGGCCUCCCAGCUCACUUCCCCCGCCCCAUCUUGCUGUUCUCUGACACUGCUGUCAGGGCUAUUGAUGGCACUCGUGUUUGGCCAUCCCCUGGCUCAUGUGAACCUGGGAACAUCCCAGGUUCAUGUAUCUGUGUAGAACUCAGUUUAGCUUAUGCACAAACAUGAUUUCAUUUUGUUUUUUACACAACUUUCUCAGAAAUAACUAAUCCACUGUGCAUAAUUCAGAAUUUAUUCAUAUGUUUAGAAGGCUAAAUAUGUGUAGUUUAAAACAAAAAUAAGUGUGCGUCUUCUCUUAAUCUAGUAUGUACAGUACAUAUCAGUGGAUAAAUCUAAUGUUCAUAGAAGGCUUGGCGUCUCCUAUGAACUGAUCUCAAGGAGGAAAGCUCACAAGGAAACCUGCAGCUCCUCCUCUGGGCAGAUGAGGGGGACCAUGGGAAGAUAUGUGGUCACCUGUGAAAUUCAGUUCUGUGUGGCUCAUUGUCAGCUGUCCUGUCCUGAUGUGAUGCGAGAGGCUCCACAUCCACCCGCCACAUGAUGUAGGGACCAGCGUCCUGUGAGGAGUUGGACUUUGGGAGUCAGAUUGGUCAGCAUGGGGAAUGAGAAGCUCUGGGCCUGGGGCAAGGAGCCAGUGACACAGGCAUGGCCGCUCCCCUUACAUCUUUCAGAGGUGGUGCCAGGAGCCUCCUUUUCACCCCUGCUCAGGCAAAACUGAAUUUGCCUUUUGGGCCUGUCUCUGACACACAUCAGAGUCCUGCCUCUCCACUGCUAGAUGGAACCUGGAAUCUCUCAUCUACCUCUUCAAAUCAGUUUCCACGUGUGAGAAGCAAACUUGGGGGCCAGUGUCCUGGAUCAUGCUAUAGCACUUGAAAAAUAAUUCAAAGCUUCCCUGGAAAACCAGUCCCAGGGUUCCUAUGAUCUAGUUUCUACCUGGAUCUCAACUGGUAAUGGGGACCUAAAUACGUUGGCUAGCCUUAAUUAUAGCCUGGCAUAAUCAUAAUCUUUCCUGGUGAUAACAGCAAAAAGUUCUGGUGGGGCACCUUUGUCAGUGGUGCUAUGCUGGUUAAAAUUUGAGAUUUUGAAAUAAAACAUUUGUCAUAUCCAUGCCUCUAAA